GGGAGAGAGUGCAAGCUAAUCACAGGCUGUGAACGAGAGGCAGCGAGUGGGAAUGGGAGAGAGGUAGAGAGGAGCCGCAACAUCUGAAAGUUUUAAACCUGUGAUCGAUGUAGGUGAUGCGAAGCAAGACUGGGGGUUCCUCCAACAUGUGGAAGGAAAACAAAUUCCACAUCAUGGACUACUUCAAGCAGAGACAGAUUUAGGUUUUGCCCGCUGAGGGAGGGUUUCUCCCAUUCUCCGUCACAUUUUUAUUUGGGGAGGGUGGAAAUAUAAAGAUGAGAUAGGAGAGUUUAAAAAAAGAUUGAGGUGUGCAAAGAUUGCACUGCACUGUUCUCCUGCCACAAAAUACUGCUUUGUGUUUAUGGAAGUUAAGACAUAGCGGCGUGGAAAAAUACUCUCAAUCCCCUCAGAAACCAUCAUAGAGAAAGAGUUGAAACAUCAACGUGGAACUUAAAUGUACAACAGAUGUUGACUUCAGGAGCAGGUGGACACAGUGGAUGACAAGAGUAUCAACGGUGUAGGAAUGUGAGGACUCCUGCUAACAUUUCACUGUGGAAGUACUAAUCGUGUUGGGAUUAUUGUCAGCUAUUCCUUUUGGUUUGUACACUGCACAAAAGGGAUGAAGCAUCCUGUGCACUGACCCUGAGCUGUCCCACCCUACCCCGUGCCCUUGCCUGUGGGACCCAGUGACCAUGCUGACCGAGUGUCCAACACCAGAAAGAUCAGAGCCCCGACCCACGCUAAGGCCUGCUGUAGCCUCUGCAGCACUAUGUCUCAAGCAGUCGUGGCUCCACUCGAGGGGAACAGCUCACAGUCAGCAGAAGAUCCAGGGGAUCAGCUGCAAUGGGCUUCCCUGCUUAUUAUCAUGGUCAUCAUCCCCACUAUCGGAGGAAACAUCCUGGUCAUUCUUGCAGUGUCACUCGAAAGGAAGCUGCAGAAUGCCACCAACUACUUUCUGAUGUCGCUUGCCGUGGCUGAUCUGCUGGUGGGACUCCUAGUGAUGCCGAUUGCCCUCCUCACUGUUCUCUUCAACUCUAAAUGGCCCCUUCCGGACCCCCUCUGCCCCAUUUGGCUGUUCCUUGAUGUGCUCUUUUCUACCGCAUCCAUCAUGCACCUAUGCGCCAUUUCACUGGAUCGCUACAUUGCCAUUAAGAAGCCAAUCCAACACAGCCAGUACAAAUCCAGAGCCAAAGCAAUGGUGAAGAUUGCACUGGUGUGGCUCAUAUCCAUUUGUAUCGCAAUCCCGGUUCCAAUAAAGGGGCUUAAGAACUACCACCUUCUCAAAAACAUCACCUUUAGUAAUGACACAUGCCUGCUGAAACCAGACACCUUCCAGGAGUUUAUCAUGUUUGGCUCUUUGGUGGCAUUCUUCAUCCCUCUGACCAUCAUGUUGGUCAUCUACCUACUUACUGUCCAGGUGUUGCGCAAAAAGGUUUAUUUGCUCAGGUCAAAGGUGACUCAGCGCUUUAGCUACCCAACAAUCUCCACAGUUUUCCAAAGGGAACAUGUUGUGAUUUCACCUGAAGUUGAGCAACUUAACAUGCUGGACAACAGACUUCACAGGAUGCAAGAAAAACCAAAUGGAGGCACAACGAACUCUCCUACAGGAGAUGAAAUGUCCUUUCGGAGAAUGUCAACAAUGGGCAAGAAGUCAAUGCAGACUCUGAGUAAUGAGCAGCGUGCCUCAAAAGUGCUAGGCAUCGUCUUCCUCCUGUUUGUAGUCAUGUGGUGCCCUUUCUUCAUAACUAAUAUUACCUCUGUGCUAUGCGCCAGCUGUGAUGCUGUAAUCACUCGCCUCAUGGAGAUCUUUGUUUGGGUGGGUUAUGUGUCAUCUGGUAUCAACCCGCUGGUUUACACCCUUUUCAACAAAACCUUCAGGCAAGCAUUCACGCGUUACAUCACAUGUAAUUACAAAAACUGUGCGAGUCAUGGGCCAGGAAGGCUUUCAAGGACAUCAAAUGCAGACCGGACCCUUACACGGAUUUCAUUCAGAUCUUCCAUGGCAGAAAACUCUAAACUGUUCAUGAAAAGGGGAAUGAAGAAUGGUAUUGGAUCAGUUAGUUACCAAAGUCCACUGAGGUACAGGCAAGCACCUGUACAAUCACCCAGUGGUGUUGUGUUGGACACAAUGCUUCUGACAGAAAAUGACGGGGGUAAGCAGGAGGAACACGUUAGUUGCGUAUAGAAAUAACAGACAUAUGAAUCAAAUUAAAAGCCUGAACUAAGUGGAUCAGACUUAGGGUGCAACUUUUUAUCUAAGCAUAGCCCCAUACAAAAUAUUCAAAAUGCAUGAUUGCAAUCUAAUGUCACUCUCACUAUGAUUGACAAAUCGUUUAUGUACUGACAUUAAUUGAGUUGUCAAUCACUCCACAACAACAGGAUCUAACGUGUUGUCAUAUGCUGCUGAUGUUUAACAUCAAUGUUUUUUUGUUUUUUUUAAAAUAAAAGCAAAACAAGCAGCAUUUUGAAUAACAAUGAUUGUUUCAGAAACAUAAUAGUGCUACUUUUAAUCUAUGUGUCAAACUCCUCCAUUAUAUAUGUAAAUAUAUAUGGUCAAAAUAUUAUUCAAUGGGCUUUUAAGACAGGCCAUAUUAGCAUCGCGAAUUAUUAAAGACAGCAAGACAGGUCGUAGUAACCUUGAGAUGAACUGUAACAGGUUCAAAAAAAUGAACACAGGAGGACAUCCUCUAUGAAAGGCCAAAAGUCGACAAAGUUCAGGCCUCACGACAGAAAUAUGAGGAGUAAAGACAAAGAUAAUCUCAAAACUUUGAAUGUAGCAUAGAAUAUAUUCCUAUGCCAUUCUGGUCAACUCUGAAUAUGCUGUAAACCAUCUCAGACCACAUGCUUAUAUUUUGUUAAGGCAACUACAACUCUACCUUUCAAAUUGCUUCUUCAACAGACACAUAAUGCAUUGCACUCUUGAAAUGAUACUAAUUGUAUUUGCUGGACCUUUCGGAAGCACUCUUGUAUGUGUAUGCAGCCUGAUGUUUUGAUAUGUUAAAUAGGUUUCCAAAUAAAAGACUGUAUAUAAGAAAGAAUGAAAUCCUGAUUGAAUGGAAACCUAAAUGUGUUCAAUAAAAUAUUUUGUGUUGAACUGAAA